AUGGAAGAACAGGUAAUUAAUGCCAUAGAAAUCGCCUCGAAUCCUUCCUCGGACCAAGCCCUCAAGGCCCAAGCCUUCGACUAUGUGAACCAACUCCGCGCCGACCCCUCGGGAUGGCAGGUCUGCCUCGCCCUCUUCACCAAGACUCCGCAGCACUCCGAGGUCAUUCGCUUUGUGGCUCUCGAGGUCGUCAACAGUGCUGCCCAGGCCGGUCUGAUUGACCCCCAGGCGCUGGGAUACGUGCGGGACGGCUUGCUGGUCUACCUCCGCCAGGUGUACGGUCAAGAAAAUGCCAACCCCGACCCUCCUACCAUCCAGAACAAGAUCGCCCAGACUGUGACCUUCCUCUUCUCGGCGUUGUACGGGAACGGCUGGGAGUCGUUCUUUGACGAUCUCCUCGCCCUGACGCACAAGAGCCCCGCCAGCACGGCACGCGACAACCCGCUGGGAAUUACCUUCUACCUUCGCGUGAUCAACUCCAUCCACGAUGAGAUCGGUGACGUCCUGGUGUCUCGUUCCCGCCACGAGCAGGACAAGGCCAAUUCGCUGAAGGACCUGAUUCGCAUUCGGGACAUGCAGAAGAUCGCAAGCUCGUGGCAAGAGAUCUUGUCGGAAUGGCGGGACGGGAACGACCUGAUCGUGGAGAUGGCGCUAAAGGCCGUUGGCAGCUGGGUCAGCUGGAUUGACAUCGGCCUCGUGGUGAACCAGACCAUGCUGGACCUGCUAUUCCAGCAGCUGGGCCGGGCGCAAAAGGCGGAGCUGCGUGCGGGCGAAGAGAAGGUGCGAGACGCGGCCGUUGACGUCUUCACGGAGAUCAUCGGCAAGAAAAUGAAGCCGGAGGAUAAGAUUGAUAUGAUUAUAUUCCUGAAUCUCGACGCGAUUGUUGCCCAACUCUCCAACAGCCCCCCUCUCUACGACAACCGCUUCACCUUCAAGUACGACACCGACCUGGCCGAAACCGUGGCCAAACUCGUCAACAUCAGCGUCGUCGAUAUCGUGCGGGCCUUGGAGCAGGAUACGGUUGGUGCCGAUUGCCGGGAGAAGGCCACCGGUCUGUUGCAGGUCUUCCUGCCACACAUCCUGAGAUACUUUUCCGACGAAUACGACGAAGUCUGCUCCACCAUCAUCCCGUCCGUGAGCGACCUGCUCUCGUACCUGCGCAAGAUCGCCAAGACCAACCCUGCCCUGGCCGCGCAGCACUCCUCCAUCCUCCUCCCUAUCCUAAAAGCGAUCAUUGCCAAGAUGCGAUACGACGAAACCUCCUCGUGGGGCGAUGAGGACGACCAGACGGACGAGGCGGAGUUCCAGGAGCUCCGCAAGAGACUGGCGGUGCUCCAGCAGAUCAUUGCCACCGUGAACGAGCCGCUCUACAUCGACGCGGUCUCCGAGGUUGUGGCCACGACGUUCGAGAAUCUGCGCCAAUCCGGCGCCCAACUCGACUGGCGGGAUCUGGAUCUUGCCUUGCAUGAGAUGUUCCUCUUCGGAGACAUUGCCGUCAAGGCCGGCAGUCUCUACACCAAGGGCGCUCCUCACAAUCCCGCUGCGGAGCGACUGAUUGGCAUGAUGCUGCGGAUGGUCGAGUCCGAUAUCCGGUCCUUUACCCACCCCGCAACGCAGCUGCAGUACAUGGAAAUCUGCGUCCGUUAUAGCUCGUUCUUCCAGUAUCAUUCUCACCUCAUCCCCGGCGUUCUGGAGAGCUUCCUCCAACUCGUGCACCACCCGAUCAAGAAAGUCAAGACGCGGUCGUGGUACCUUUUCCAGCGCCUGGUGAAGCAGCUGCGGGCCAACCUCGGAAACGUGGCGCAAACCGUCGUGGAGGCUUUGGGCGAUCUGCUGGUCAUUCAAGCCGAGGUGUCGACGGAUGGAUCGGAUGGCGACGAAAUGUCCUCCGAGGACCACGAGGGCUCUGCCGACGCAGUCUUCACCAGCCAACUGUACUUGUUCGAGGCGGUCGGCAUCAUCUGCUCGACACCCGCCGUCCCGGCGGACAAGCAGGUUCUCUAUGCGCAAUCGGUGAUGAACCCUGUCUUUCUCGACAUGCAAAAGAACCUCGGCCCCGCUAAGUCGAACGAUGAGCGAGCUUUGCUCCAGAUCCACCAUGAUAUCAUGGCGCUGGGAACUCUGGCUCGCGGGUUCUCGGAUUGGAUGCCGGGCACCUCCACGCCGUCUGCGCUGCCGGCCGCCGAGGUUUCGGAAGCAUUUGUCCAGGUGGCCGAAGCCACGCUCGUUUCUCUGGAGUCUUUGAAGAUGUCUUUCAACGUUCGGACGGCCGCCCGGUUUGCCUUUUCUCGGUUGAUCGGUGUCCUGGGAGCCCGGAUCCUCCCGCAGUUGCCGCAGUGGAUCGACGGAUUGCUCACUCAGACCUCUUCUCGCGACGAGAUGGCCCUUUUCCUACGUCUUCUGGACCAGGUCAUCUUCGGGUUCAAGGGCGAGAUCUAUAACAUCUUGGAUGCUCUGUUGACGCCAUUCCUGCAACGCGUCUUCUCCGGCAUCGCCGAUCCUACCACUGGCACUGACGACGAGAUUCAACUGGCGGAGUUGAAACGGGAAUACCUCAACUUUUUGCUGGCGGUCUUGAAUAAUGACUUGGGUGCCGUGAUUAUCAGUGAGAGAAACCAACCUAUGUUCGACACCGUCAUCACCACCAUUGAACACUUCUCCAAGGAUGUCGAGGACUAUACGACGGCCAAGAUGGCGUUCUCCCUACUCUCCAAGAUGGGUAGCUCCUGGGGCGGACCUGAUCUGACUCCCGAUGCCGCCAACGGAGCCUCGUCGCAGCAAGUUGCCCUGCCUGGAUUCGGGCAGUUCAUGAUCACGCGCAUGUCGCCGCUCUGCUGGGCUCUUCCGGCCACUCCGUCCUUCAACCCCAAGGACGCGCAAGCCAAGCAGGUUCUCGCCGAAGCGGGCGGGCUGCAGCGUACGAUCUACUGCAAGACGGGCAUGGAGUAUAUUGAAUAUUUGCGGGACCGGGAGCUUCCCGGCAUGGGGAUGGGAGCGGAGCUUGUGGAGGAAUUCUUGGGCGCACUGAGCCGGUUGGACACGAGGGGAUUCCGGCAAUUCUUCCCGACCUUUAUCCAGCGUUUGAGCGCAUGA